GGGGUGGGCGUAGCUAGCCUCCCUGCGCGCCCCUUCGCAGCCGGCGAGCCACGAUGGCGCCCCGGGUUCUGCUUGCGCGGCCCCUCUUUGGGCUCCUGGUGCUGGCGGCGCAGCUCUUCGUCCCUGCCGUCGGGGCCGAGACGGACCUUUCCUCGCUUCCCGCGGACAUGCUGCUGGCGGCGGGCACGGAGGCUUACGCCCGCGGGGACUGGAGCGCCGUCAUCCUGCAUAUGGAGAGGGCGCUGCGGGCGCGGGAGGCGCACCGGGCGCGCCUGAUCCAGUGCCGCUUGCGCUGCGCCGCCAAUAGCACUGACGGGUUACCGGCGAAGGACGAACAGCAGCACCCGGCGCCUCCCGCCGUCGGAGAGCGGCGCCCGCUUGACGACCUCCGCUUCUUCGGGCAGCUCCUCCGCCGCGCCGGCUGCCUCCGCAAGUGCCUCCCCGACGGCGCCUCCCGCUACCAGCUCGGCGAGGAGACGGAGCUGGAGUUCCGCAAGCGCAGUCCGUACAACUAUCUCCAAGUGGCUUAUUUCAAGAUCAACAAGCUCGACAAAGCCGUGGCCGCAGCCCACACGUUCUUUGUGGCCAACCCUGGCCACAUGGAGAUGCGGCAGAACUUGGACUACUACCAGAUGAUGGCAGGCGUCAAAGAUUCUGACUUUGUCGACUUGGAGGCCAAGCCGCACAUGGAAGAAUUCCGCCUGGGUGUGAGUUACUACACGGAGGAGAAGCCUCAGGCGGCCAUCUUGCACCUGGAGAAGGCACUAGAAGCCUACUGGGUCGCCGACACAGAGUGCCGAGCCCUUUGCGAGGGGCCGUACGAUUACGAAGGCUACAACUACCUCGAGUACAACGCGGACCUUUUCCAAGCUAUCAUUGAUCACUACACACAAGUGUUGAGCUGCAAGCAAGGCUGCGUCACAGAACUUGCGUCUCAAACCGGAAGUGAGAAGCCCAUUGAGGACUUCCUCCCAUCUCAUUUCAACUACCUUCAGUUUGCCUACUACAACAGUGGCGACUACGAGAAGGCCAUUGAGUGUGCCAAAACCUAUUUGCUCUUCUUCCCUAACGACGAAGUGAUGAAACAGAACCUGGCCUACUACACAGCUGUGCUGGGGGACAACCUGGCCACGCCCGUACGCCCCAGAAAGGAUGUCGAGCUCUAUUGGAGACGCAGCCUUCUGGAGAAAGAGCAGCUUUUCUUCGCCUACGACGUCUUUGGGAUCCCCUUCGUGGACCCGGACACUUGGACACCGGAAGAGGUGAUACCGAAGAGGCUGCAAGAGAAGCAGAAGGUGGAGCGUGAGACGGCAGCCCGCAUCUCGGAAGAAAUAGGCAACCUCAUGAAGGAGAUUGAGAACCUGGUGGAGGAGAAGACGAAGGAGUCCACGGACAUGAACAAGCUCGUGCGAGAAGGAGGCCCCUUGGUGUAUGACGGGCUUGGCAUCACCAUGAACUCCAAGUUGCUCAACGGCUCCCAGCGUGUGGUGGUGGACGGCUUUCUGUCCGACGAGGAGUGUCGGGCGCUGCAGAGGCUGACCAAUGCAGCUGCCUCUGCCGGCGAUGGCUACCGUGGGAAGACCUCCCCACACACCCCCAGCGAGACUUUCUAUGGCGUCACUGUCUAUAAAGCACUCAAGCUGGGACAGGAAGGCAAAGUGCCCAUGCAAAGUGCUUACCUCUACUACAACGUGACCGAGAAGGUCCGGCUGGUGAUGGAGUCCUAUUUUCGCCUCGACACCCCCCUGCAUUUCUCUUACUCCCACCUGGUGUGCCGCACUGCUAUUGAAGAUAAACAAGAAGACCGGGCGGAUCCGAGCCACCCUGUACACGUGGACAACUGCAUCCUUAACGCAGAGGCUUUAGUGUGUGUCAAAGAGCCGCCAGCCUACACAUUUCGGGACUACAGUGCUAUUCUCUACCUAAACGGUGACUUUGAAGGAGGAGCUUUUUACUUCACGGAGCUGGAUGCCACGACGGUGACUGCAGAGGUUCAGCCCCAGUGUGGCCGGGCUGUGGGUUUCUCAUCAGGCUCCGAAAACCCACAUGGCGUGAAAGCCGUGACCAAGGGCCAGCGCUGUGCCAUUGCCUUGUGGUUCACCCUGGACCCCCGUCACAGCGAACGGGAGAGAGUCCAGGCCGACGACCUGGUGCGGAUGCUGUUCAACACGGAGGAAACAGAGUUGCCUCCGGAGAAGGAGACCGUGGCGGAGAAAGAGAUCGUGGCAGAGAAGGAAAUUGUGGCGGAGAAAGAGAUCGUGGCGGAGAAGGAAAUUGUGGCGGAGAAGGAGAUUGUGGCGGAGAGUUCCACGCCAGCCCCAGCAGAAGACACCACUUUAGGGAAAGACGAGCUGUAAUCUCCCGCACGCCAACACACAAAUGUACACAACCAAGAGAGCCCAACGAGAGGCACCAACAGGCAGAACUUUUGGGACACUGAGAAGCAUAGUGGACCACCAGCCUGUGGAUUGGGACCCUCGUCCGGCACACAAACAAGACUGAACAUGACCACCUCCCAAGUGCCUUACAUAUGGUUGCUGUGGCCCAGGAAGAUUUCUUGGGGGGGGAGAAGGGGGAAGCUUCCUGUUUCCGUCUGCCUCUUCCCCUCCCCUGAUGUUCUGUUUCUCCAAAGGAGGCCACACCACCAACUGUGUUUUCUUUUUCCUUUUCUUUUUUUUAAGGGUCUGGAGGGGUAGCCAGUUUUGGGGUGGCAGGGAAAGCUCUGCUGCCUAGAGACUUGAAUUCAAAUCUCCACUCGGCUGCGAAACUUAGCAGGCGACUUGUGGGCCGGUCGCCAUCUCCAAAUCUAACCUACCUCACAGGGUUGUUGUGAGGAUAAAAGCAGGGGCAGCCCAACAGGCCCUGCCCUGAGAUCUGUGGAGGAAGAGUGGGGUGCAAAUGUACCAAAUAAAAUAAAAUGGAUACCACUUUCCUGCUCCAGAACAA